UUUAGCAGGGAACUAUUUCGAUUUGAAACUUCUACCCGCGUAGACAUGUAGCAUCAUUUAAAUAAAAAUUACGUAAAAUCAUAUGUAAAAUAGUAUUUAUACGCUCAGUGCCACGUGUUGUGUUUGAGUGUUAUAGUGGACGAACGGGUCGGAUUCCAUAGCUUUCCUUUUAUUUUUAUUUGGUAAAAAUGUCGCGGGACAGAUCAUCACGUCGAUUUUACCGCGCUGAGUCGACCCAUGACCUUUUGUCGUACAUGGACAAGGGUCAGGCUGCUUGCGAGGAGAAUAGAUGGACAUUCGAGACAGCCUGGGAGGCUGCCAAUAAAGUUGGUGGCAUCUACACUGUCAUAAGAUCAAAGGCGUAUGUAUCAACCGAGGAAAUGGGAGAUAACUACUGUUUAUUAGGUCCUUAUAAGGAGACCAGUGCCAGAACUGAAGUGGAGGAAUCAGACUUUCCCCCCAACUCUCCUCUUACUGUAGCAGUGAAUGCCAUGAGAAGUCAAGGAUAUAAGCUUCACACAGGAACUUGGCUGGUGGAUGGAAACCCUCAGAUCAUCCUCUUCGACAUCGGUUCAGCUGCGUGGCAGAUGGAUUCCUUCAAGCAGGAGCUGUGGGAUACGACAUCUGUCGGGAUACCGCACCUAGACGUGGAGGCCAACGACGCCGUUAUUUUGGGCUUCAUGGUGGCUCAAUUUAUAACAGAGUUCAGAAAAGCAGCCGAGAACUACAGCGACACUCCGCCGCGAGUGGUCGCACAUUUCCACGAGUGGCAGGCUGGUAUAGGUCUUAUAGUUUUGAGAAUCCGUCACGUCGACGUGGCGACAGUGUUCACAACACACGCGACCCUCCUCGGCCGAUACCUGUGUGCUGGCAGCACGGAUUUCUAUAAUAAUUUAGAUAAGUUCUCUGUGGACGAGGAGGCUGGAAAGAGACAGAUAUAUCACAGGUACUGUAUGGAGCGAGCGGCCGCUCACAUGACGCACGUGUUUACAACCGUCUCGGAUAUAACAGGCUACGAGGCGGAACACCUCCUCAAGAGGAAACCUGACUUCAUUACGCCAAACGGCCUCAACGUGAAGAAGUUCUCGGCGCUUCACGAGUUUCAGAAUCUCCACGCGCUUGCCAAGAACAAAAUUAACGAGUUCGCUAGGGGGCAUUUCUACGGUCAUUUCAACUUCGACUUGGACAAGACCCUAUAUUUCUUCAUCGCUGGACGAUAUGAAUUCGGUAAUAAGGGAGCUGAUAUAUUCAUAGAGGCUUUGGCCAGGUUGAAUCACUACUUAAAGUCUUCAGGAUCAGAUAUGACGGUGAUAGCGUUCCUCAUCUUCCCGGCCAAGACCAACAACUUCAACGUGGAGAGUCUCCGAGGUCACGCCGUCACCAAGGCGCUCCGGGACACCAUCAGCGACAUACAGCAGGAAAUCGGCCGGAGGAUGUACGACAUUUGUCUACGCGGCCACCUCCCAGAACCGUCGGACCUACUUCACAAGGACGACACGGUUCGUCUCAAGAGAUGUAUCUACGCCCUCCAGCGAGAUGGUCUCCCGCCAGUUACCACGCAUAAUGUCGUGGAUGAUUGGAAUGACCCCGUAUUAAAUUCUGUCCGCCGCUGUCAACUGUUCAACACUGUCAAUGAUAAAGUUAAGGUGAUCUUCCACCCGGAGUUCCUGACGUCCACUAACCCGUUGUUCGGUUUAGACUACGAGGAGUUCGUCCGUGGGUGUCAUUUGGGGGUGUUCCCUUCGUACUACGAGCCCUGGGGGUAUACACCAGCUGAGUGUACCGUCAUGGGGAUACCGAGCAUCACCACUAAUUUAUCUGGGUUCGGCUGUUUCAUGCAGGAACACAUCGCCGACCCCAUGUCCUACGGCAUCUACGUGGUGGACAGGCGGUACAUAUCUCUCGAGGGUUCCGUACAACAACUUGCUCAAUACAUGUUCGACUUCACCAAACUGACGAGAAGACAGCGCAUUAUACAGAGGAAUAGAACGGAAAGAUUGUCAGAUCUCAUGGAUUGGAGAAAUUUAGGCAUUUAUUACCGCCAAGCCAGGGCCCAGGCGCUGAAGACCGUGUACCCUGAUUACAUCGAUCACAUGGACAGGGAAUUGGGCAAAAGGUUCAACUACCCUCGACCGAUAUCAGAACCACCCAGUCCGACACAUUCUAGGGCUACGACCCCCGCGGCGUCAGUUCACGGAUCUGAAGACGAGGACGAAGUUGAUGACGAGAAGGAAUUGGCUGAAUUGAGAAUCACAGACAACUAGAGAUCAGAUUUUUAAUACAGCACCAUUCAAAAUUGUCUCAUAAUAAUAUAUUUUUGGAAAAAAAAAACCGUUAAAAAUUCAAGAAAAAAAAAACAAGAAUUGGAAAAAAGUCCCAAUUCAAGGUCAGUCCUAUCAUGCUCAUUUAAAUUAAGUCAAGAUAUAAUAAUAUUAUAUUUGUAUAAGCGUUCACAUCUUUCUAUUUUUUUUUAAAUAUUUUUAAACAAUUAAAGUAUAUAUACUGAGAGUUUUGUUAGAAAAUGUGCCCUUCAAUAUGGUUAGAUGCUUGUCGAAAAUUUUAUAACAAUUUUGUAUGCGGUUGUUAUAAACUAAUAGACAUAGAGAAUGAAAAAUGUAUAUUAAGGAUUUUUUUUUGUGACUGAAUUUUUAAAAAAAUUAUUAGGUUACUAACACAGAUUCAUAUUUAAAAUCAUUUGAGUUUCUAAACGUUUCUUAACUGUCGAGUACAGUUAAAAUAUUAAAUUAAAUUUUUAAAUAAAAACAAAGUUUUAAAUAAAAGUUACAUAUAUCUAUAUCAAAAAAAAAAUCUAAACAUACUCAAUGUCUAUUAACUUUUAUGAUCUGUAUUGUUAUUGUAUUAAAUUUUUUGAUAGUCUUAUAUAUACUUCCUAUAAUGGUGUUUGCCAUAUAAAAGUCUUGCCAUAUUAAAAAAAAUAUAUAUAUAAUUUUACAUAUUCUUCAUAUGUAUUACAAUAUACUGUACCUCAUAGCGACGGCUUUUAGUAUCACGUUUUAACGUUUUAAUAUUAUAUAUAAGAUUAAUUAUAGAAAUAAUAACUAUUUAUAAGGGUAAUGUAUUUUUAUACAGAGUUUAUUUACUGAUACAGUAUGAUACUGCCAAUUCAUAUGUUUAUUACAAUAAAACUUCCUUUUUUUU